AUGUGUAGCAGUAAUAAACAUGAACAGAAGGAGCUCCUGAUAUCUGAAGUUCAUACCAGAAGACCUUUGUGGCAAGAUAGUCACCCUUUAUAUAAGAAUAAAAAUGCUGUUGAUAAAUUAUGGCAAGAAGUGGCCAAAGCAUGUAAUUGUAAUGUUACGGAUGCCAAAAACAGGUGGAAAAAUUUAAAAGAUCACUUCAGAAAGGAGGUGAAAAAAAUACCCAUUCCCAGAUCGGGAGCCAGUGUAAGACCAAAGUGGCAGUAUUUUGAACAAAUAGAGGACAGGGAGGUGGAGACGGUUCCUCAGGUUCAGGCUACACCAGCAGGACCAGGCCGACCAAGGUGGAUUACGCUUGUAUUGCUUACGGGAAUGAAUUUUCCUACAUUCGAGCAAGCGAACGCUAGCUGGACAGUAAUUGUGUUAUUCGUCUACCUGAGGCCGUUCGACAUUUUGCUCUUGUUCAGCGAGCUUUGCAGCUUCAAAGCGAAUUCCGCUGCUAUCAGCGCCAAUGCGACGAGCCUUUACACAGAAAUUGCAUAA